AUGGCUAACCAGCACCAAUACAUGCACCAACCGAACCCUUUGUAUCCGUCAGCCAUUCCGUCUUACAGAAAUGUCUCGAUGCCAAGACAAGAGACGCCAGUGGCAAGCACAUCUAGCAUUCAAAAUAGCGCACAUGCUACUGGCGCCUCGACCAGUGGUCCGUCCUCCAGCAAUAUCCCUCAGUCAUCGUUCCGUGCCCCUGCGCAUAAACAUGCCCAUCAUCUUCAUUCGAUUCCACCUAGGGAGAAAAGUACGCGAACAUUAAUCAUUGACCAUAUGCUAUGGGUUCAUGGGAGAACGCGUUUUGCCCAAGCAAGGGCCGAGUUGGGCAUGACGGAUCGGACGGGAGGGCCUACAUCCCCCAAUUACAUUCAUCGGAAACGACCUGAAUCAUACGAAGAAGAUGACGAAGAGGGGAGUGAGGGCGAAGAAGUGGUCGCUCUCAAAGCUCGUGCUGGAGGACCGGGACACCCUCACAAUGACGAUGAAGAUGAAAGGCUUGGACGUCAAGAUCUUGCUCUUGCCCGUAGCCUUCGACUGCGUGCGGAAGGGCUGGAAAAGGUGGUCAUCUCGAUGCUCGAUCAGCCGCCUCCGAUCCAUCCCAUCAACGACGAAGAUAUCCUUACACCCCCCACAUCCCCCAAACUGACCGCUUCGAAUGCGGCACAUCCCCAUCGACUCCCAAAUGGUGUGCGUCUGAGGUUGGCUCUGGGGACGAUCGUCAACGAUCUGUUUGCCAGGCAGGCACCUUCUCCCCCAUAUCGCCACACCCAUGCAACUAAUGUAACUACACCCAACACGGCUAAGUCAGCGGCUGCAUCCACCCCGCCGGAUCACUCGCCUCAGUCUUCCGUAGUACCUUCACCUUCGGAUUUGCCAAAUGCGUUAGCGACGCUUGCGCCUGUGUCAGGUGCCUUUGCGCCGGUUCGUCGAUCGUCGCCAAUCCGGCCCUCACAGAAUCAGCAGCAGCAGUAUCACAACUACUCCCCUGGACGCUCCAACUCAGGCCACCAAGGUUAUACUCAGACCAACUCACCGCGCAAUAUGCACAUGCAGUACCCAUCUAUACAGCACCAGCAGCAAAGCUCGCAACCUUUGGGGCCUCCGAUGCAAUCUACAAAUCGACCGCACGCUAGUCAACGUACACGAGCGCUAUACGCUGUAGGUGCGGAUCCCAGCACGGCCAACUCGCCACCGGCCUUCCGAUGCCCGCGCCACCUGCACACGGGCUGCGAGAUUUGUGUUGAGGCUAAAUCACCACCGCGACAGACGGGGAGCAGCAACUCUCGUGGCCGAGGGAGCUCGUUCGGGGGUGCCGGUGGCGGGGGUGUUGUGGCCCCAGGAGGUGGAGGGAUCACUGGUUGGGAGGAUGGUAGUGGUAUUGGGUCUGGUUUGCUUCGGCCGGGUGUACGCGGGAGCGCGCUGAGGAGGAAGGUCAGGGAAGACGGAAAGGGUUCGACGGGUGCGGGGAAUACGAAGCUGAGCAAGCUUAUCCCAAGGUUCAUAAGACUAUCUGCGCUUGUGGCCGCUGAGUUGGGGAGGGAGGCGCGCGGAGAGGAGGACACAAACGCGAGUGAGGAUGGAAAAGAGCGGGACGGUGUCGCGGGUCGGGGUGCUACUCCUUCUGCUUCAGGAAGCGCUUACAUGGGAACACCGAGGAGCGAGGCAGGGUGGACUAUCGGGGGUGGAAGAUACUCGCCACUACCACCUCCUGCGUCACCCUCGUUGGCGUCGAGGAACUCGCGUCAGCCUCAACAGGCACCUUCCGCGCAAACCCAAGCUCAAAACAGGAUGUAUGAGUUCGCCCUGCGCCCAUCGUCUGAGUGGUAUAUGCUCCUUGCAGGGCUGCUAACGCGAGCCGUGCUCGAAGGCUACUUGACCGCUGGCUGGACUGGACUUCAAGCUGUGCAAUGCCUGUUGUUGGUGGGACUUGGUAUCAACGAGCAUGCGGGGAAGGAGAACGUGGACCCUGCUGAGAUUGAUGAGGAUGAUGUCGAUGACGACGAGUUCUCGUCAUUGGACCCAGAUGAGCUUCCUAAUCUCGUGGACGCCAUCAAGAUUCUUUUCCCUAGCUUAAGGGAUCAGGAGAAUGAAUUCGCGGGGAUUAAGAGUAAGGGAGAAGAGGAGUAUGAAAUGGAGAUGCACGAGAGGUUGAAAAGGUUCUACGAUAUACCAGCCUCAACGCCUGACUGUGCUACCCAUAUGGAAGACCUGGCAUGGCAAUACCCAGCAGAACCUGUAGAGAGGGCAGCAGUACGAUUCUGUGAAGCCAUUGCAAAGUGGAGAGGAAAACCCGAGCUCGAGACCUACAAAAAGAAACCACAGCCUGCUCCCAUUGACGCAUUGAACACUUCUCCCGGAGGCACCGCUACGGCGAUGACCAUUGAAUCGCUCGUCCAUUCCAACCCAUCCAGUCCAAUGAUUGGCGAUAAUUCUAAUGCUGGAAAUGGAGAUCGCUCGAGGAGGAAGCGACUGAAGAAACCAUCGAUUGACGUGUACUUUAUUCAAUCAUCUCCUUCAUCAGCAGCAGGAUCAGCACCGCCCGUUACACCAAGGAGGGGAAGUUUCACAUGGAACCGCAGUGGCAGUAACUUGGGAAACAUGAACAUGAACAAUUCCAGCGGCACGAACAGUAAUAAUAAAAGAUACAGGGAUGACGAUGGUGGACGACCGGAGUCGGCGAAGAGGAUGUUCGUCUGA